AAAUAUAAAAGGCAUAAUAGAGCUAAAUAAGAUUUAGAUGAAAAGAAGUUAAAUGUAUUGAGGGAAGAAAAAAAUUGAAGAAAAAAAAAAUUGAGAAUUAAAAAAAAAAGUUGUGAUUUAUUUAAUUUGUGAAUUUUUAUUGGAAUAAUAAGCACAAAAAUGCCCGACACAGAGAUCGAAUUAAUUGAUAAAAAUAAUUUAAUAAGUGAAUUACGUAGUUGCAAUCCAAAUAAGAAGGAAAUAAUAAUUUUGGAUUGUCGAAGUGCUAAUGAUUAUGCAGUCAGUCAUAUUAAACAUUCAGCAAAUAUCAGCAUUCCAACGAUUAUGCUUCGGCGACUUAAAGAAGGCAAAAUUGACUUAUUCAGCACAAUUAAAUGCAAGGAUCUAAAAAAUCGAAUUCUCGGAAUGAAUAUUCAGACACUAUUCGUUCUAUACCACAACAGUCCAGCUUUAAAUAGCCCAGAUAUAAUUCAUAUAUUAUCGAGAAAAUUGAUGGCUGAAUUCAAUGACAAAAAAAUACGAGUAGUUUGUUUAGCUGAUGGAUUUCCAACGUUUCAGUCUGCGUUUCCUGAAUGGUGUGAAGACGAACGCACAAAUAACAUGCAAUCUAACUCAACGGAACAGCUUAUGGGUCUCAGAUCAUUACGAAUUUCAACGCCCUUAUCAGAUUCAGCAUGCAGCAGCUCAACAGAGUCAUCGGAUAAUGAAAGUGCAUCAAAUUAUCCAUUAGAGCCGUAUGGCGGUGAGCCAAUUGAAAUAUUACCGGGAUUAUUCUUGGGUAAUGCAGCACACAGUGAAGAUUUGACGAAAUUACAAAAAUACAAUAUUCGAUACAUCCUCAAUGUAUCGACAUUGCCUAAUGUAUUUCAAGAUACAGGAAAAGUAGAAUAUCUUCAAAUUCCUAUAACAGAUCAUUGGUCUCAAGACUUAAGUAUACAUUUUCCUUCUGCCAUAAAAUUUAUUGAAGAAGCCAAAGCAAAGAAUGUCUCGUGUUUGGUACAUUGUCUAGCCGGUGUUAGCAGGUCGGUUACAAUUACACUUGCGUAUCUAAUGUAUGCCAAAGAUUUAGGAUUGAAUGAAGCAUUUACUUUUGUUCGUGCACGAAAACCUGACAUUUCACCGAAUUUUCACUUCAUGGAGCAACUCUAUACGUUUGAGCGUCAAUUAAAGAACGAUCCAAAUAGAAGAAUGAAUGUGACAUCAGCUUCAUCGUCAGCAACAACACCUUCAUCAUUCGAUCAGAGUAAUACGCCAUCGUCAGCCACAUCAUCCGUGUCAUCGUCAAUGAGAGAUAAUCGAUCCAUGAGAUAUCGACAAAUUAAAUAUUCAUGUGCAUGUAAUGAAUGUGAAUGCAAAUGUAUGCAACAAGAGUUUCUACUUGAGCCAAUGUCUCAUAUGUCUCAUAUAGGUGUAUCACCUGAUUCAGGUAUUGAAUUUGAUCUUCGUCAGAAUUGGACACCCUCAGAUAAUAACACAACGCCCAAAUGAAAUGAAUUUUGAGGACACUUUUUAGAAAUUUUAUGUUAGAUUUUUAUGAUCAUGAAGCAAAUUUACUCGAGCAGCAAAGACUUGUGACAAUGAACACUUUGUGGAUUGAAACCAACAUUUAGCAGUUAAUCAAAUUGAAUUAAAUUUUUUAGACAGAAAGUUGUUGGGUUGGAUUUUGAGGGCUUAAAGUUGGGAAGAUGCAGU